GUACUUUAGUCGUUUGUGGUGCACAUUAGAGCUGGCAACGUUCCUGAAAGACCCGGAGAAUCUGCAUCGCAUCCAGUUCAUGCCGCUGAAGGCUACUGGGGUGCUCGUCAUGGGAACCGUUUUCUGGCACCUCACUGCUGUCGGUUACGGUUUCUUCAGCGUCACCUGGCAG